AUGCUGUUAUGUAAAAACACGCUGAAGUGAGCCGUAGUUCGCCUGCAGCUCCGCGAAGUGUUCAGCGCGCCUCGCUUCCAUCUUCCGCAAAACCGGAGAUUGCGGUUGGAAGCGUCGCGUUCUUUUUAUUUUAUUUUACGCGUAAAGCGCACGGAGCGGCGCAGCGCGGAGUGAAGGAAGGGGAGACACGGAGAGACAGAGAGACUCUGGCGAUCAACUCAACAUGAGUGUUUUCCUCCCUCUCCGCUCGCAGCACACCUGACGCGUCUCCCCGUGGAAGCGAUCCGCCUUCCCCGGAGUCGCAAACGACCUCCAACUCGUGCCGCUGGAUAAUACGCGUGGGGCGCAGAACGGGCUCGAACCUUCUUUCUUUUUUUGGGGGGGGGGUGGAGGUGGAUGGGGUGGAGGGGUUAGUAAUGUGUCGGCUACGGACGGAUUAAGUGAUCGUUCCCUUCUCUUCUGGCUCCUGGGGUAAAAUCCCCGGAAAGGAAACUUUAAAGGGCUUUCUGUUGCCUUUCUUCAUCGGCUGAGCGAGUUUGCAUGGACCCCGGCGAUGACCCGUGAUGAUGCUCGCUGAAGGUUCUCUGUGAGCUGAAACCCGAGAAGAGGAGGUGGUGGCUCUGCCCCCGGACGCUGGGAUAAUGGUGAAAGCUCAGCGGAGCCGGCCUGUGAAAUGUGGGAAGCUCCGGAAGGAGAAGGGAGGCAAGGAGAAAGGAGGUGGAGUGAAAAAAGGGAAAGAAAGAAAAAAUGAGUUGAGGGGGAGGAAAAAGAAGGAUAAAAAAGAGUCACAUCGACACAGGAAGAAGACACUGGCGGCGGGUGAUGGAGACGCGCUGGACUGUUGCGUCCUGCUCACCCGUCUGGAGGAGAAACGCGUUGUGGGUAAAGAAAAGGACGCACAAAAAUCUGGGAAACAAAAGAGGGUUAAGGUCAAGAAGAAGCACUCCAGCGCCACUCAAAGAAGGACCAAAUCUGGAUUGAAGAAAACAUCCACAGCCAAUCAGCAAUCACUGGAACCAAAAAUCAAACAAUCUGACGCCUUACUGGCGUUUCCCGCGCCCGUCUUUGAGCCUCGCCGGCGGAGAAUGGCCUCGCUUAACGCCGAGGCCGUCAACAGCUUGCUGCUCUACAGAGACGAUUCGCUGGCGUCGACUCUCGCAAAGAAACGGCAGCCUUCCACUGAAGAAAAAGCUAAAGAUAUUCUUGCUAAGACUGAACAUAGAGGUCAUAAAACCAAAAAGGUUCCUCUGGGAGGGAAAGCGGACCCAAAAGAAAGACCUAAAAAACCCAGGCGGGCGGCGGCGCAGGCUCAGGACAUCGACUGGUUGGCUUUGUUUGCCCCGACGCCUCGCCGCCAAGCAGGCCUCACUGCCGCCACGCUGCUCAGGCUCACCAGCGCCCAGUACGGAACCAAGCGGCAGAGGAAGUCGGAGUCCAAGCCGGCGCCCACGACUCAGGGUGAGACCGGCGGCGGCAAGCCGGUCUGCGGAGAAACAACGGCGGCCAAAAAGGCCACACGUCCCAAGCAUGCAGACCAACUAAAGCACAUAAAACAGGGCACGGGUGAUCUGGUUGGUUCCCAGCUGGAGACAAACAUCCAGGGUUGCUGCGGUUUGUGCAAAAGCGAGGCUUUGGAUCCCGAGUGGGACGGCGCUGCGGUGGGACAGGAGCGUCUCCGGCAUGAUCUCCGUCGUGGAUCUUCGCUGGGAUUCUCCGUGAAAACGAUAAAAAAGGAGCAGGUGGAGACGGACGUGUCCUCCUGCUACUGCUGCUCCCAGGACAGGUGUGUCGAGUACUGCCACAGGCUGGCCCUCUUCCUGGAGGACAAGACCUUCAAGGAGCCGGAGGACGGCGCGCUGUCCGAGGUGUUCCACCACCACCACCAUCACCACCACCACCACCACCACCACCUGCAGCCGCCGCACUCCGUGUCCCACCCGGCGGCCAUAACCAUCAGCCCGCACAGCUACACCUGCUUCCCCGGCUACUACGUCCACUUCAGCCACCCGGACGCCCCGCCCUCUCCCCUACCCCCCCUCGCUUUGUGCCCAAAGAGCGGCCAGAAGAGAGCCAAGCUGCUCCCCGGCGCCGGUCCGCAGACCCCGGGGAUUAGCCACCCGCUGUACUGCUGCGCCUCGGUGGAGGCGUGCUACGGAGAGCCCUGCAGGAUCAAGAGCUACUCCUCCUACACCAGCGUGGUUCCAGCCAUCGGCAGAGGAGGGUGCUCCUUCAGCCCCACGGACUGCGCCAAAUGCAAGCAGAGAGACGACUACCCGUCAACCCUCAAUGACCGCCACAGUUCUUCCUCCCUCCCCGUCUCCCACGGCCCCAGAGCCUGCGCAGGAUGCCCCUCCCCCGACGUGCCCCCGGCCGGCCAACCAGUGCCCCGCAUUCAGACGCCGCCGUCCGACCCCAGCCAACCGCAGAGUCCGCCGCAGGCGGCGAAGGAGUGUCCGCAGGGUGCCAAGCCGCCCGGCGGGUCGAGGUCCGGCGCACGCGGCCCCGGCGGCGUCGGCCCGGCGGCCCGCCCUCCCGACAGGGACAAGAAGCAGAAGCCCGCCGCUCCCAGCGCCGGAGGGCGAGCGGUUGCCAAGCAGCCGAAGAACGGACGCCAAAAAUCGACCAAUGGCUGGCAGCCGGUCGGCCUGCCCUUCCAGAAGGAGGUCUUCUCUGUGGGAGAGGCGGCUCAGGUGCUGAGGAAGUGUUUCGAGGGGGUCCAGAGAGACGGGGAGCUGAUUCGGGUCAGAGACACUGUUCUGCUCAAAUCUGGACCUAGAAAGAAGUCUCUGCCUUACGUGGCCAAGAUCUCAGCUCUGUGGGAGGAGCCGGAGUCCGGAGAGCUGAUGAUGAGUUUGUUUUGGUACUACCGUCCAGAACACACGCAAGCGGGACGCAAUCCCAGCAUACAUUGCGAGAACGAGAUCUUCGCGUCUCGUCACCAGGAUGUGAACAGUGUGGCCUGUAUUGAAGACAAAUGUUAUGUUCUAACACUGGCCCAGUAUUGUCGAUUUUGUGCCUUGGUUAAACGCCAUAGGGAGGGCGUACGCGACCGCGCCGCCUCCUUCGUGGUGCCACCCAUUGUCGGCGACGCCACGCCCGCCCACCACUGUGUGCCCGACGACGCCGACCCGGAGCUGGUGUUUUUCUGUCGACACGUCUACGACUUUCGCUACGGACGCCUCCUCAAGAACCUGCAGUAGCACCCGACGGGGCGCGACACGUGUGAGACGAUGUUACGCAUUCUCCUCCGCGCUGAUUGGCUACACACCUGUAGACUGGGAACUGGUUUAGGAGGAUGAAGAAAUGACGGAGGAGUUCGUUUUUAAAAAAAUGUCAUGCUUGUAUCAUGCCCCACCUUUUUUGUUUAGUAAGAGUGACAUAUAUUAUACAAGUUAAUAUGGCAGUGAAACAGUCUUCGCCGUACUUGGCUCUGUGGUGUCGUAGCAGCUGUUUGGAGAACCUGGAACUUACUCUGCUGUAGAACAUGCUACUGUAGCUCGUAGAAAUGUGACGUUUCAUAGGUGUGUGAGAGAGGUGUGAUUUAUGUUACUGUUUGCCUGACGCCCGUUCUGUGUCGCUGAUACGCAUCAGCUGAACAAAGUUUGAAGCAUAUCGUCCCACAUUGGUCCUUGAGAGGAGACGCAGAGGUUUGUGAGUGGCUGAUUUUACUACAUUGGAUAUUACAUAUAUUUUGCGGAUAAAAGAGAAGCUCCGGGUUUCAAGGCGUUUUAGGGAACAAUGUUAGGGAUAUAUUUUGAUUUCUCGACAAAAGUAAUAAUAAGACGAGAUAAUCAAUGUAAAUCUUAUGUUGUGCUGGCUGCUGUCUACAGAUAUACAUCCACCAGCCCAACAUGAGAGUCGUAUCGAGAUUCUCAUCAAAGUCGCAAUGCAAAUGUCCCAAUUUCACGAUUCAAACGGUUCUAUGAUUUAAAAUUUCCAUUUUGCAUCAUGUAACUGGGAUUGGCCUGCAGAUCUAUGUAGUCAACUCUGACCACACCUGUGAUGAGAGUUCUUGAUUGAACGGUUUGAUCAAAUUAAAUUCAACCGUUGAACAACAAUGAUGAAGUUCAGGAACCGCAAACAGCAAAACAUGGACGUUUUUUUUGGGCUCCACCUCUUUGUUUUUUUCUGAGAGAAUUAUGGGUUUCAUGCAACUCUUCAACUCACCUGGAUGGUGAUUUGCUAAUGUGGUAAAGACCUACACUUUAGAAAGAAAGCACACUUUGGUUAGAUCUGAUCCUGCAGUAUGACGAUGUGCCAAUGAGCCGAGCAUUGACGGCGUUCCUUGUUCCACCAAUGCGGAGGAAUAUUCUCCGUUUUCAAAGCGGAUUGUCAGAGGUGUAAUAUGACUCGGGUGUCAGCUAACUGUAUAUUUGCAUUCAUAUAUCUGGAUGAGUGUAUGUUCUGUUCGUGGCAGAUGGCGGUUAGUCACCUAUAUUCUUGUUUCUUCACCGAUAAAACGGUGAGUAAUGUAUUCAGUGUAGCAUUUAGAUCUGUGAUGAUGAUGAUGAUGAUGAUCCAUUCCUAUGUUUGAGAGAAGAUAUGUAUUUAUUUCUGUAUUGAGAAAAUAUAAUUUAUUUUCAAAAGAUAAUUUUAAAGAAUAGAGUUUUAGAUGAGUGGCUUUUACUCCUGAUUAUAAAGGAGGUCUCUCCUUAGCUGCACUGUCUAAAAAGUGUGAAUCAUUCGCAAUAGUAUUUCUGUGACUGAUUGAGCUUGCUUGCCCAGUACAAAGAUAUUAAAUGUUGUGUUGAAAAUGUAAUGAAGUCCUCCGCGCAGAGGAGACGUUUAGAAGGAUCUCCGAUACGGUUUGAAGGACACCUGCUAACAUGUGACCAGAGAUGCUUAACCUACAGGAGCACAACAUACCUUGGCCUCCCCGUGCUUCCCGUCCCCUGUCCUGAGAUGACAAAGCUUUGCCUUUUCACCUUUAAAAGCCGAUUGCUACCAUGAGUUAAACCUACCUUGCCAUUAGCCUGUGCCCUUGAUCUUGCUGCCUUAUAGAACAUUCCCAGCCUUUCAUUUAGAGAUGUGUGCUGAUCUUGGUUCCUAGAUGCUCGAGAAGCGUCUCAGGUCCAUCACAUCCGUGGUGAUCUUUUGUGCGAUCUAAAAGGGCAAAACUGAUCAAUAAUCAACUCUUUUGUUUGGUUAAAAGUCUGCUCAAGUUUGGAUUCGAAUUCAAAGUGAUCUAUUAAAGAGCUGUGGCUGUUAAAGGAAUAGUUCAACAUUGAGGGAAAUGCGUGUGCUUUUUUGUGGAGAGUCAAAUGACAUGAUGGAUACCAGUGGAAGCUAAUGCUUAGCUUAGCAUACCUAGAGCGUAUACCUUCGACUGCAGGUACAACAGCCAGGCUUUCUCUGUCAAAAAAGGCCACUGGGUAGAAAUGCUGCGUUGAAUAUCACAUCGAGUCCUAAUUCUCAACAAAAAAGCUUAUUUCCUAUUGAGUUUGUAGUUUUCUGCUUCGGAAUGAACAGCGGCUGCAGUCAGCUUGAAAUCCGUCGGAUGGGAUGAACUUCAGUAGUUACGGAAUUUUCAUGGUGGACAACAAUGUCCUUAGAGACUUUUUUCUCUGUCCGUCUCAGCUGUCUGUCUGUAUGGGCACUAUGUUCCAAAGGCAAGACACAACUACCUGGCAGAGGUUGAACCAGUGAGGAAAUUCUGCUGCAGGAGUGUUUGAAGUCUUUCAAUCUCCUUUGAAUACAGCCGCCACCUUAAAACCAUAGUGGGUAGUUGAAAAGAUAGAUUUUGGGGAAGUGACAUUUGAAAAUACCCACAUUCUGCCUACUUCCCCUCUGCUGUUGUAUAGAGAGUUGGGUAGAUUACUUUUCCACUCUCGUUCAUUCGUCAGGCUGAACUGGAAAGUGAAGACACUGCCAUUUUGAUCAGGCCAAAGGUCAUCCGUCUGUAUCAGAACUGAAGCAAACGUUUGCCGCUGACUGGAACAUUCAAUUGAACAAUUAAUGGAUGGUGGAUUUACAGGUUUGAAGCCCAAACAGUUCAAUCGAACAAAGCAGGAUUGGGUUUAUUUGGUUCGACGUGGAUCUUCUAUUUUGAAUCCCCCCGAAGGUUCUGCAUUAGAGUUAGAAAUCCCACGCAGUACAUGUUAUGGCCUUAGGAAUCACUCUGCAAACUAAUUAUGUCUAAUCAAGAUGUGUGAUACUUAUGUCUUAAUUGGUCCUCUGUGCCUGUUGCCAUUAACCCGUAUUUACUCCCAACGUUUUCCACAAUGAGAGGGACGAGCUGUUUUUACCCACCUUCCAAAUGCCUUUCAUUGUUGCCAGAUCUGGUCUCAUCUUGAAUUACCACAAAGAGGUUUUUGCACCAAAAAGAGAACGAGGGUAAGGUAUUGAAACGUGAAUUUUAAUUUCAUUCCCGGGUGUACAAAAAAAGGCUAUACUUUGAUUCUUCUGAUGUGAAUUUAUGUUCCUAUUAUUUGCAUGGCGUUUUUGGAAAUAUCUUGGAAAUAUUAACCACAGCACAGAUUAUUUGUAUGGUUUCAAAUGGACCUCUGUAAUAUAAGAAAAUAUUUAAUUGUAAUAAAUAAUAUAUGAGUUUGAA